AUAUAAAACAAAAAUGAGGCAUCAGAGGAUAAAUUUUCCAUAAUUUCAACCCUUCAUUUCCGUCUCUAGCAUCCUCUGUUGUCUUUAAAAACCCACUCUUAUCCAUCAGUUAAACUCAUCAUUCAGCUCCAGAUAUUUCCCAUGGCGGCUUCUUUCGUAUCCCUGUCAAAUGUGGGUUUGCUUUCAGGUCCAAAAACCCUAUCAAAGAAUCAAACGCCAUCGCCAACGUGCAGUGCCGUUAAGCUUCCUCGAAAGCUCUCGGUUUCGUCUUCAUCUUCAUCGUGCUUCUUCUCUAGGUCAUUUCGUCUUCCUUCUCUUAAUUCAACCCAAACUAAUCCCCGUGUUCUCCGCCAUAUUCGGGCCAGUGCUGAGGUGGCACCUGUAGAAUCAAAAAUAACAAACAAGGUGUAUUUCGAUAUAAGUAUUGGAAACCCGGUGGGUAAACUGGCUGGAAAAAUUGUGAUUGGAUUGUACGGUGACGAUGUGCCCCAGACUGCUGAGAAUUUCCGUGCUCUUUGCACAGGCGAGAAGGGCUUUGGUUAUAAAGGUUCCGCUUUCCAUCGUGUCAUUAAAGAUUUCAUGAUUCAAGGAGGGGAUUUUGAUAAAGGAAACGGAACUGGAGGCAAAAGUAUAUAUGGACGUACCUUCAAAGAUGAAAACUUCAAGUUAACCCAUACUGGACCCGGAGUUGUUAGUAUGGCAAAUGCUGGCCCAAACACCAAUGGCAGCCAAUUUUUCAUUUGCACUGUCAAGACACCCUGGCUGGAUCAAAGGCAUGUCGUAUUCGGGCAGGUUUUGGAGGGCAUGGACGUUGUUAAGCUGAUUGAAUCACAAGAGACUGAUAGAGGAGACCGUCCUAGAAAGAAGGUGGUGAUCAGUGAUUGCGGUGAGCUUCCAAUUUCCGAACUCUGAUUCUAGUUCAUCCAUCUUUUUUUCCGAUCUUCGGAUUAGUUUACUCCAUAUAAAGGCUCUAGUUUAAAUGAAUGUUGAGUUUCUAGAGGAGGGUUUUAUUUUCUUUAUCUCAUGUAUGAAUGAAUACAAGGAACGAUGAACUCUCUACUCAAAGACAUUUUGAAAAUGACUGAGCUUCCUUUAAAGCCAUUUUGUUUCA